AUGAUUUCAAAGCUUGUGCUUGCCUCAACGGAAUCAAUUCCCAGUAACAAAUUAACUCGCGAAAGUAUGAAAAACUUGGCAGGAACAGUGGGAUCGACAAAGACAAGUGCUGGUGCCAAUGAUGACAGUGGCAACAACGGCGAUGCAUCACCAAGCCAAACUGGGCAGCAUUCGGCAACAAACUCAAAAAAUUUCAAAAAGCAGCUGGCGCAUCGAUUUAGUGUUAACGAUAUUUUAUCUCCGCUUGAUAGUAUCGGUAAGUAA